GCCAAGGUACAGAGACGAGUUUAGUCUGUGUACACUGGCUUUGAGCGAAAUGUCAGAAAUAAGUCAAAAUAGUUUUGAGGUUAAAGCGGCAACUCUGCUGUCAUAACUGGGUAGAAAAAUGUUAAAAACGUUGGUACAGAGAUGGGCGCCGCUCCUAACAGCCCAGUCCCGGAUUUUAUCAUCUCUAACCAGUCUAAGAAGUUUCCACUGCUUAACCCCUCCUGUAGGCAGCCUGCGAUCCUUAACUCCGAAUAGCCAGAUCCCUAUGGAACCGAUUGCCAGCAGCCUUCUCCGCCCAACCGUACCUCUAGUGGAACAAGUUGCUGGUUUCAAAGUGAAAGGUCGGCUGAGGAGACGUUGCAAAGAUUGCUAUUUCGUUAUCCGACAAGAGAGGCUUUAUGUGAUAUGCAAAACCCAUCCCAGACACAAGCAAAUGGCCAUGAAGCAGCGCGACUACAAGUCCUGGAUUCUAACUCAUGCGACACAGUCGAAAGUGAGACCAUAUUAGUAAUAAAUUGUAAAAUGUACUGAGUAAUAAAAGGUUAGAAUAAUGA